AUGGCGGCCAGCGGCAGCGACGUCCUCAUCUCCGACUCGUGGUAUGAAGACUCGUCAUGGCAGAACGCCGGCACGCGUGAGUUUAUGGCCUCAAUCGAGUUGUGGGUUCCAGCGAAGGCUACGAACGCGUCGACGCGCAAGCCUCAUCUUCCGCGUAAGGCAUCGGAGAAGAGAGACUCCAUUGGUGCGGUCUUGAGUGGCGACGAGCGGAAGAUUAGAGAGAAACCUAGCUGGUUCCGAAGUCAUGUUAAUACCGUAGCUGCGAAUGGGAGCUGGAGACCCGCUCGCUGUAAGCUGCUCGAAGAGCACGAUCGGUGUACCCUCAAUAUCUACGUAGAUGAAACAAUUCUACAAUAUUCUAUAUAUGUGCAUUUAUUGCGUUCUACAGAUAUCAGGCCAGCAGACCGGUCGUUGUUCUUCCGUGACAAUUGCCUGGGGAUACAUGUGAAGCCUGGACAGCGAUGGCUGGACACAAACACGGAAGAAAUUGUAUACGUGAAGUUUCCGACCUCAGAUUCAAUCAACACAUGGAUUGCCCUUCUUCGCUCUUAUGCGGUGGCCGAGAUCUACGGAAGAAACCAUGCGCCAAAGGAUGGCGGACUCUACCGCAUGUGGAGGCAAGUCCAACUGGAAAUAAAUCAAGCCCGUAACCUUGGUUCAUCAAAGCCUCCGACUGAGCUGGCCUCGAGUCCGAUGUCAUCAGAAUUUGACGGUUCCAGUGAUGGCGUCGACAUGGAGGUCUCCUGCGAGGUCUAUAUCACUGAUGAACUGUGUGGUCGGACAACCGUGAAGAAAAGUGUGGGCUCACCGGAAUGGCAUGAACAGUUUACCUUCAGUGAUUUGCCGCCCUUUGGUGACCUUCUUGUUCAUGUAUACCGCGAGAAGAAAGUCUUCAAGCCGCAAUUAUUGGGUACAGUUCAGAUUCCUCUGAAUAAUGUCCGAAAAGGCGAAGUCAUGGAGGGAUGGCAUGCGGUCAUUGCAACGAAUCAGUCCGUUAGUGGCACACAAGUUGGAGAACUUCGUCUCAGAAUGAAUGUCGACGAGGAGAUUGUACUUCCAACGUCCGCGUACUCGUCUGUUCUCGAUUGCAUGUCACAAAGGAAUCUCCUUGAUCUCUUACACGACUUAGAGCAAGAGCUAAAGCUCGACCAUAUUGCCGAGCACGUCCUGGCCAUCGCUGUCGUCCGAAACGUUCUCAUGCGCGACCUCUUUGAAUUAUCAGAGCGAGAAGUAGAUGGCACAUCGAGCACUCAAAAUACUCUAUUUCGCGGAAACUCGGUCCUCACGAAAACCAUUGAACUCGCGAUGAACUGGUAUGGCAAGCCUUUCCUUGAGGCCAGUGUAGGACCAGUCGUUAGGCGACUUGUUUCCGAAAAAGUUGUGAUUGAGGUUGAUCCAGUGAGAAGCGGCAGAGGCCCGAAAGAUCAAGAAAAGAACGUUGACCUCCUGGUCUACUGGUGCAAAGAGGUUUGGAAUCAUAUUUACUCGGUCCGAGACGAGUGCCCACAGGAGCUUCGUCAGCUUUUCCAACAUAUUCGUCAAUUAGUUGAAAAGAGAUUCGAAAGCGGCAACCGUGACCUACGAUGGCAGAGUGUAUCUGCGUUCAUCUUCCUACGAUUUAUCGUUCCAUCUGUUCUCCACCCUCACCUCUUUGGCCUAUGCCACGGCAUGCCUCCCGCACCAGUUCAGCGGUCGCUUACAUUGAUAGCAAAGGUGAUGCAGAGCCUCGCUAAUCUUAAUCCGACUGUCCAAAAAGAAGAAUUCAUGCGAGGGCUGAAGGACUUUAUGCAAGCUAGUCUUCCUGCUAUGAUUGACUACAUUAAGGAAGUCUCAACACCAUCUUCCGAGAGAUUCCAGUCCCGAUUACCUUCUCAUGUGGAUAAGCACGAUCGUAUCUGCGUCAUGAAUGCUCUCCAUGAGCGGAAGCCGGACAUGCCUACUUUACACCGCGAGGCCCUCCUUUUCCUUCCGCAUCUCCUAGACAUACCUCGUCAUCUCGCCGUAUUGACCUCGGCGGUUGUGAGAAACAUGAGGGACACGAAAUACCAGCGAAAUAAGGUUCCAUCUCAAUACAGCAAUUCUCUAUGGCACUUUACAAGAUGCUGUCUGGAAGUCGAGAACGUUGCCCUGAAAUGCGUCAGUCAGCUCCGCCCUCGUAUACACGGAGCCCGGUCGCAAUCUGCACCCCUGAAUCCUCCGUACCACCAAGUCCACUCGCAGGUAGACUCACCUCACGGUGCUCCAGUCGACAGCCCCAGACGUGCCGGAAAGACUCGCCUGAAUACAAACCUACCGCGGCCCGCUACAGCUCCGUCCACUCCCGACACGGAAGCUCCAUUUGCGACUUACAUGGAAUACACCGCGAACCUCCCGUCCUCGCCAGCGAGUCCCGUAGCCGAGAACUUGCUCAGAUAUUCUUCUGGAUCGGAAAGUGUACAGACACAAUCCACCCUUACUCCGCGAGAGGGGGGUACGCCCAAGGACAAGGACAGGCCAGAGGGAAAUGGCAGUCGACUUCGGUCAGGAGGCAAGGUAGAAGACGAGGCCGACACAUUCUGCGUACCCGACACAGCUGACGACACCAAAAAACGCAAACGAUUUCUUCGAGGAUUUCUUACGAAGAGGUGA